AUGGUCGUUCGAACUGUACUUCUAACGGUUCUUCUUUCUCUUGCUGGUAAGAUUGUGUACUUAGAGAUUCUUAUAGAUAAACCUGAUAAAACACAACCAUAUAAUAUAAUAUAGGCACCGUUUCCGCAUAUGACCAUACAAAGAUAAGAGACUAUGUUUUAUGAGGUUGACCAUCCAAAAAGGAAAAAUCGAAUCAAAUCGACCGACACGGAGGCAGGGUACGGGUUUUGAAUAUUUCACGAUCAGUACCGAGAUAUCUUGUUACUGAGUUUGAAAACCCCAGCUCAGUCCAAGUGGAGUUUUUAACGAAGAUAACGUUUAUGUCUACCCAAUAUUGAAAUUCGCUGCAGGGUUUGAAACUGAAUUUAUUUCAUGUCUUAGCCGUUAGUAAAGUUUGAGCCGAUAAAUAUUUGUUUUAUUGCAACUUCGCCAAGCUCCAAACAACUUUUGAACAUUUUCAACUGUGCUGAACGAAUUAUUAAAUCGAUUGAUGCACCUAAGUAUUUUAUUUAAUCUGCAUCAAAAAACUCAGUUGUAAACAACUUACGUUAGGAAGUAAAUGCAUGCGUAGUUUCACUUUUGAUGGUGGACAACCGAAAAAAAAAGUGCAAAAGUUCCACUUUAAGAAACUAAAGUGAUGACGUCAUAAAAAUGAAAUUUCUGAAAUUAUGGGAUUUGCCAAGAUAUUCUGAAAGAAUAAUGUCCAAGAGGCCUACUUACCAAAAAUGAGCAUUUCGGGGCAAAUUGUCUCUGAGAUGUUAGCCGGUUAUACUCAGAAAACUCCAUACAAACCCUUCUAAUUUUUUUGGGGUCGACCCCAAAAAAAUUUAGAAGGGUUUGUGUUGAGUUUUCUAGGCAUAACUGGGCUACGAUCUCAGAGACAAUUUGCCCCGAAAUGUUCAUUUUUGGCAAGUAGGCCUCUUGGACAUUGUUCUUUCAGAAUAUCUUGACAAAUCCCAUAAUUUCAGAAAUUUCAUUUUUAUGACGUCAUCACUUUAGUACUCUAUGCUCGGUAGGAACAUCUUAGUUUUGUCAACAAGUUUGAGAUCCGGAUCCCGACAUAAACCAUGAAAAUGGUUAAGUGUGUCCAUCAGAGCUCGAUUCACUGGCUGCAUAAAAAUUUAUUGAUAGCAGGUUUGUAGUUAAUUUAGCCGUGUGACUUUUGAUGAUGAUAACUAAGACAAACUUGUGACACACGUACAUCAACCUUUGGCCUGGCCAGUACCUCACGCAUGCGCACAAUAUCGACACCUUAACUUUGUCUUAAAUACCCACUACAUGUAUUUCAGUCUUUCAUUUCUAAAAUUAUGAGUCACUUUUCAUUUGUUCAUGUUGCACAGCCUUCAAUACUUCCGCCGAUAGAGAGGUGGGCGAGGGUGGAUUGAGAGUUAAAAUUUUAGGGAGGUCAGGAAAGAUAAGAAUCACGCGAGAAGCCGGCGGAAGGAGGAGGGAUCUCUCAAGAGAUGACGGAGUAUUUGUCGUGGAAGUAGAUCAUGUAAAACAAAAGAAUGCACAGGGAGGCGAUGUUGGUAAAAAAGUAGAAACUCUAGCCAACCAAGACUUCUCCAUCGAUGUUAACAAGAGCGCUAACUAUCAAGGUAGGUUACGGUAUAAUCUGAGACGAUUAAACAAUGUACUUAACAAUUAUUCNUUGUCAACAAGUUUGAGAUCCGGAUCCCGACAUAAACCAUGAAAAUGGUUAAGUGUGUCCAUCAGAGCUCGAUUCACUGGCUGCAUAAAAAUUUAUUGAUAGCAGGUUUGUAGUUAAUUUAGCCGUGUGACUUUUGAUGAUGAUAACUAAGACAAACUUGUGACACACGUACAUCAACCUUUGGCCUGGCCAGUACCUCACGCAUGCGCACAAUAUCGACACCUUAACUUUGUCUUAAAUACCCACUACAUGUAUUUCAGUCUUUCAUUUCUAAAAUUAUGAGUCACUUUUCAUUUGUUCAUGUUGCACAGCCUUCAAUACUUCCGCCGAUAGAGAGGUGGGCGAGGGUGGAUUGAGAGUUAAAAUUUUAGGGAGGUCAGGAAAGAUAAGAAUCACGCGAGAAGCCGGCGGAAGGAGGAGGGAUCUCUCAAGAGAUGACGGAGUAUUUGUCGUGGAAGUAGAUCAUGUAAAACAAAAGAAUGCACAGGGAGGCGAUGUUGGUAAAAAAGUAGAAACUCUAGCCAACCAAGACUUCUCCAUCGAUGUUAACAAGAGCGCUAACUAUCAAGGUAGGUUACGGUAUAAUCUGAGACGAUUAAACAAUGUACUUAACAAUUAUUCCUCGAGCCCGAAUGGGCCUCAUGGGCUAUUGACUCAGAGGCCAUGAGGGCGAGAGGAAUAAGUGUUUUAGUAAAAUCCAACUAGUUGGUCAAAAAUAUCGAGAAUAAAAAGAUUUUAGCUAGUUAAAGCUAGACUUUAUUCCUUUUUUGCCGCCAAAAAGCCCACGCUUUUCGCCAAGAUUCAGGUCAGAGGAAUAUUUCGUAUACGAGAUAACCGAAGAAAUGUUUUAGCCAAACUUAUAGAAACUUAUGGAGACGCCAUGCUGGUGCUCACCUGGAUGAGCUCCAACAUGGCGGACAGAAACCGACAGAAACAUCUGUUACCGAGUUUUGCUAAAAAAGCAUGAAUUUAUUCUUUGAGAAACACAUGAACAUUAAAGUAAUACUUUUUCUAAUAGAUGAACGGUUUAUAUAGCAAAAUUUCCUGAAAUAAGUCAUUUUUUUAACCUACAUGACAGCUCUCUUGGCCGUCAUGUAAAUGCCGCGUCACGCAAAAGCUUAGAAAUUCAAGCGUACUCUAGCACAAAACCAAGAACCCUUUUGAAGCGAAAAUUUGUAUGAAAAUUAGUCUUCAGCUGCUCUAAUGCAUCGUGAAAGUAAAAUCUUGGUAGGAUCGAUAGUUUUUUAGUUUGAAUUUUAGUGACGUCAUGUGAAAACCAACGAUAAACAAGUAAAUUUCGUGGUAUUAUUAUCGUAUUAUUGUUACAAUUAUAAAGGAAAGAAACGGAGAUGUAAAGAAUCAACUAUACGAGGACACAUAAAAAAUCUGAGCCCCAGAUGGGAUUCGAACCCACGACCCCCCGUGUUCUAGGUCUGUGUCCUCGUAUUGUUGAUUCUUUACAUCUCCCUUUAUUUCCUUUAUAAUGCUAACAUCAGUGGCAUAGAUUGUUACAAUUAUUAUCAUUAUUAUUAUUAUUAUUAUUAUUAUUAUUAUUAAAUUAUUAAUUAGGUUCUAGAUAUCCAUUCAAAUCACGUGAGGUCUCAGAAGACUUCACUUUCGCUGUAGCUGGUCUACAUCUGCACUCAUAAUUUUAGUUCUAGAUUUUUGAUAGUUUUUUUCUUAGUAAUGCUUGAUUUUCCUAUUCCCACUCUUAAAUUAUUCACAAUUGUAAAUAGAUUCUAUCGUGGACAUAUAUUUAGUUUUUAAUUAGUAUCUUAGAAUUCUGAAUUGUGAAGGGGUUUUGCCGGAAAUUUGUAUUUAUAUAAUAUUGAUGUAGACGUUUUAUUUUUAUGAAUAUUUUACAGAAGUUUUGUGUGUAGUUUUUAUAAGAUUUUUAUAAGAUUUUAAUAGAGAAUUUAUCACUUAUUAAAUUAUUAUUAUUACUGUUACAAUUAUCAUUAUUGUUAUUUUUGUUUUCUGUUCAAUUUAUGUAAACAAAUACAUUGAAUUUCAUAAAAAGAAAAUGUGCCCUAUUGUUAUUCUUGGCAUUCUCAUAAUUUCAGCUUGCUCUUUUUUUUUUUUGUCUUUUUUCUUUAUUAGAACAAUGUUUCACCACUGCGUACUUUCAACUGAUCAUAAUGACGAAACUAGGCGGUCUACAAGCUCAUCCUGUUUUUCAUUCUACACGGAUUUCAAUGCUACACACUCCCUCUCUAAUGCAUUUCAUUUUAUUAUUACUAUUAUUAUUAUCAUUAUUAUUAUUAUUAUUAUUAUUAUUAUUAUUACUCUUUUCCUUCAACCUUUUAUUUGUUUAUUUAUUUAUUCAUUUACUUAUUAUUGAUUUAAACUAGGUGUUAGCGCCGCCCACAUCAACUUGAAUUCUUACCUGGACGCUCCAAAAGCCCAUCUCAUUGUUGAUAUUUACAUCUUCCGUACAACUGGAAAUGUCACUUUUGGCAAUGAAACAACUGAAGUGCAGAACGGGACCCUGAAAUUCUUCGUGGAGGUGAAUUUUUGCCUUUUUUUAUUUGUGUCAAUAAAGGUUAUAGAAAGGAAGAUGAACAGUUUCUCUCUGGGAGGGGGCCAGUAUCCUGCAAUUUACGCCAGCUGUGCACCGCGGGUUUAAUCAGCGCUUUCCCUAAGAGUAUGUAUGAAAUUAAAAAAUGGCGUCCUCGUUAAAGGCAUGCUGAAAAAGAGAUGAUUGCUAACAUCGAUAUUUAUGAAGCAAUGGCAAAAUUGGAUUGUUUUGUACAUAUUGUUCUUAAACAAGCAGAUUAACUCUUCACAGCAUCUUAUGUUCGAUUCUUUUGGGGAACCGCAAUGUCAAAGACUGAAAUAUCGUAUUCCUGAGCGCAACCUUGGAUCUUCUUCGUUUUUUAAUAUCCUAUGGCUAUAUUACAGUAACUUUAAUUUUUUCUUACUGAGAGAAAAAGUUUUUUUUUCUCUCUGCUCCUUUUUCUUAGUAGUGUAGGAGUGGGACUCUUUACCCCUUAAAAAAAGAAAUUGUACUUGAUAGUACUCAAUAAAUUUAAAGUCAAUUUUAAAAGCUUUCUUUCAUUUAGUUGAUAUCCACUAGCAAGAGCCUUUAGGAAGCCCUCUACUAGCUGCAGUUUUCGCAGUCAUUCACGCUUCGUUAUUUAAUUGUCGCAUUGCAAACCACUGUCGUGAUCAACAUUUCCUAAACUAUACUGGAAAUCAAACGUUUUAACAUUGAACCGUAAAAAAUGGCAUAGAAGAUGCAUAUGGUGCACCGGUCAUUGCAUAGUCUCCGCUAAAGAGGUACGACUAUGGUUAUGGCUUAGACUGGUCAAUCAAAUCUGAUCUGCGAAUGUAAUCUUAUCUAUGACCA